GUGCGUCGGACUGCCGCCCCAGCCUACGACAGCGGGCCCGCGAUUGCUUUUGCUCUUCACUGGGCGCCGUGGGCCUUGCCGGCUACUGGCGUCAGCGGCUGCCUCGGCGAGCUGAACGUCGCCAUCCACUUCGUGAGUUGGCGAGGACAGCCACCAGUGGAGUCCCUGCCGACGAGCGCCGCGCAACAUCUGCUGCGCUGCCUGCCGAGCGCGCUCCAGAGCAGCCUCACGUGCCAGACCGGCCGACACAAG